UCAGAUUCAGAAGAUGAAAAUGAGGUAUAUUCUAAAGGGUUAAUAUGUUUUUACCCCCCUGUAAUUUGGGCGAGUUCUGGUUUUCCCCCCUGUAAAAAAAUUCGUUUAGAUUCUGUCCCUGUAAUAUGAAGAUUCUUUCGAAAACACCCCUGAUCCCAUAUGACACACUCCACCUGCUGACGUGGCAUGAUGUGGCGCGCCAGCUGUGAAAUUAUUUUAUUUUUUAUUUUUUUUUCACUGACAUGUGGGCAAUUAUUUAACACAUCACUAUUUCCCCUUUUUUAAUUAAAAUCAUUUUAAUAAUUUAUAAAAAAAAACAUUAAAACUUAAAUUCUUUUAAAAACAAAAAUCAGAGAAAUUAGAAAGUCAUUUUUCCAUUUUCGUUUUCAACCCUCACAUAACACACUUCACCCCUUUCAUCUUCCCACUUUCAUCUUCCAUUUUCUAAACUCUAUCUCAGAAUCACACCAAAUCUCUCACCUAGAACGAAACCCUAACUCAGAAUUUGAAUCCGGAAUUGGAUGACGAAAUCGAACAAGCAGAUGACGAAGUCAAAGAAGAAACUGAAGAACGCGAAGAAGAAGGUUGCUACGGAAGGAAAGAGGAACGACGCGAAGAAGAAGAACAUGAAGGUAGCUACGGAAGGAACGACGCAAAUGAACAAAGAAGGUGGAAAUGCUUCGGAAAAAUUGUUGUUCAACUGUAUCUUUCAUCACGGUGGUGAAUUUGUUAGGGAUGAUAUCUUGUUCUAUAGAGGUGGAAAGCAAGCAAUAGUAGGUGAUAUAGACCUACAGACUUGGGGUAUGGAUGCAAUUGAUGAGAUUGUAACUGGUUGGGGCUAUGAUAAACAACACUACAGGAUUUGGGGUGCAGUUCAUGGGGAAGAUGGUAAGUUUUUUCAAAUUUAUGUUGACCAUCUUGCUGAAGAAGUUGCUGUAAGGGCUAUUGGUGAUGAAAUUGAUGGACACAUAUACUUAGAACACAACCAACAGGAUGUAUUGGAAAGAGAUUUGGAAAUCAGAGAACCCAUUUAUUUUGAUAUGAAGUUCAACUCUGAUGUGGAUGAUAGUGGUUAUAGCAGUUAUGAUGUGGAGCUAGAUGACAGUGAAAAUGAGAGAGCUACUGCACUAGAUGAUGGGUUUGAUGUUGUUGAAACUGAAGAAGUCCCUGUACAGAAGUUGUUAAUAGGCAACAUGAGUUCAGCAAAUGGAGGUAAGGGAAAUAGUAAGGCUCAUAUGGAAGAACCACAUAAGCAAAACUUAUGUAAUGGAAAGGGAAAAGGUAAGGGUCCUAUGGUGGAACCAGAGCAGAAGAUAAACUUAAGUAAGGGACAUGGUAAGGGUCCUAUGGUGGAAGCAAUGGAUGAAUACUUUAGUGAGGAGUUAGAUAGCUCAGAUCCAGAUGAUUCUGACCAUGAAGCAGGACCUAUUUAUGAAAAGUUUAGAAAGGAACAAUUGAACAAGGACUAUGAGUUUAUGUUAGGUAUGGAAUUUAAUUCUUUAAAAGAGUUCAAAGAUGCAAUAAUAGAGUGGAAUGUACUUAAUGGUCAUGAAAUUAGCUUUGAAAAGAAUGAGAGCUAUAGGGUAAGGGUUGUGUGCAAGGAAGAUGCUUUGAAAAAAGGAGAAAAAAGAAAAGAAGGGGAAAAAAAGUGUGGGUAUUUAUGUCUUUGUUCCAAAGUGGGUGACAGACACACUUACCAAAUUAAAAGCUAUAAAAAGAACCACACGUGUGGGAGGGUUACAAAAAAUAGAUCUGCCAAGUCCAAGUGGGUUGCAAACUUUGCUGUUGUUAACAAACUUCAAACCACUGAGAAAGUCACAAUCAAAGACAUCAUGAAUGAUAUGAGGAAGAACUACUCAGUAGAUAUUACAAAGGGAAGGGCAUGGAAGGCAAAGCAGAUAGCACAGAAGAUUGUUGAUGGGGAUGCUGACAGGCAGUAUAGCAUGGUCUGGAGGUAUGCUGCUGAGUUAAUCAGAGUUUGUCCAGGUAACACUGCUAAGGUAAAUGUUGAAAGACUUGGUCCUACAAUUCAACCCAGAUUUGGGUCUUUCUACUUUUCAUUUGAUGGCUGCAAGAGAGGGUUCAAAGCUGCAUGUAGACCCUUUGUGGGGGUAGAUGGGUGCCAUUUGAAAACCAAAUAUGGUGGACAACUUCUGCUAGCUGUUGGAAGGGACCCCAAUGACCAGUAUUUUCCCCUGGCCUUUGGUGUUGUUGAAGUAGAAAGUAAGGCAAGCUGGAAAUGGUUUAUGGAGCUGUUGAUGAAUGACAUAGGAAAUGACAAAAGAUAUGUCUUCAUAUCAGAUCAACAGAAGGGAUUAAUGUCAGUGUUUGAAGAAAUGUUUGACUCAAUUGAGCACAGACUAUGUUUAAGACAUUUAUAUGCAAACUACAAGAAGAAGUUUGGUGGUGGAACCUUGAUAAGGGACCUGAUGAUGGGUGCUGCUAAAGCAACCUACUUUCAAGCUUGGAAGGCAAAAAUGGAUGAAUUGAAGAAGGUUGAUGUUGGUGCCUGGGAAUGGUUGAUGUCACACCCUACUAAAAGUUGGUGUAAGCAUGCUUUUUCUCACUACCCUAAGUGUGAUGUUCUAAUGAACAACCUAACUGAGUCAUUUAAUGCAACAAUAUUAGUGGCUAGGGAUAAACCAUUUUUGUCUAUGUGUGAAUGGAUUAGGACUUACUUAAUGAAUAGGAUUGGUACUGCUAGAAAUAAAUUAGAUAGGUGGCAACACAGCAUCAUGCCUAUGCCUAGGAAAAGAUUAGAUAAGGAAGUGUUUUUGUCUGGACAAUGGGCACCAAAUCUUUCAAUUAAUGAUGAAUGGCAAGUGACACAUCAUUAUGGUGAACAACAGUUUAUUGUAGAUACUGCUAAGAGAACUUGUUCUUGUGGGUUUUGGGAAUUGGUAGGGAUUCCUUGUAGACAUGCAGUUGCUGCAUUAUCAUAUAGGAAACAAAACCCCUCAGAUUUUGUUGACCAGUGUUAUUCAAGGGCAAAAUAUAUAGAGUGUUAUAGUUAUGGAGUCAGUCCCAUCAAUGGCAUGGAAAUGUGGCCUGAGGUAGACAUAGAAGAGCCUUUGCCUCCACACUACAAAAGAGGACCUGGUAGGCCCAAAAAACUGAGGAUCAGGGAAGUUGAUGAGCUUGGGAGUAGAAUGAGAAGACCUGGAGUGAGUUAUAGGUGUACCAAGUGUGACAAGUUUGGCCACAACAAGAGGAGGUGUAAAAGUACUAUUCAGGAUCCAAAUGCUGCUAAGAGAAAGAGAAAGCCAAAGAAGCAGACUGAAGGUGGUGAAAAUGUGGAUGUCCAUGAAAAUGGUGAGACAUCUAAUGGUCAGACUGAAACUAAUACUGCUAAAAGACAGAAGCAAGUCAGUUCUCAAAUUGGUGUGGAUAAUAUGUUUGAUGACAUUACUGAUGAACUGAUUGCAUCCAUUCCUGAUGUUCAUGUGUCUGGUAAUGAAAAUAUGCCUGUGUCUGAUAGUGAAAAUAUGCCAGCAGAUGUGCCUUUGUCUGGUACAACAACUACACCAACUGAUGUGCCUGUUGUUGCUGCAGCAACUGAUGUGUCUGUCUCUGGUACAACUGCACAAAAUGGCCCAAGAAUGCUUAAUGGCCCAAGAAUGCUAAAUGGUCCAAGAAUGCUUAAUGGUCCAAGAAUGUUCAAUGGUCCAAGAAUGCUUAAUGGUCCAAGAAUGUUUAAUGGCCCAAGAAUGCUCAAUGGACCAACUGUGACUAAUGCUGCUAAAUUGAAGAAUACAAGCCAACAGGUUAGGAGGAGAACUAGUAAUAGGCUAAGGAAGCUAAAGUCAAAGAAUAUUACAGGUCCUGGGGCUACUGCAGCUGCACCAAUGGUAUUAGAUGAGUCUGAAGAAGGGGUAUUAACACAAGAAGAAACUACACAAGGCACAAAAGAAUGAAGAAUGUAGUUGCAGAGAAAUAGUUUAGUGUUUUGUAAUGACAUUAAGUAGUAUGUGCUAUAUUUUGAAACUAUGUAUUUUGUUAUGACUUUAAGCACAGUAUGUGCUAUCUUUUGAACCUAUGUAUUUUGUUAUGACUUUGAGCACAAUGUGUGCUACCUUUUGAGUUAUCUGUA